UGUUCGUGGUGUUCGUUAUGAGUUUAUUUUAAUAAACUUUGAUAAAGUAAAAUAUGGAUUUGAAAGCAGUGAUACUCGUAAAUUAAUAAAAUACGACAAAAUGGAACAACCUUCAGCCGAAGAUAUCGAGCAAACUAUUCCUCUAAGAGUACAGGAAAUCAAAAAAGAGGUAGGAAACCUAAAAUUUCUCCAGAAGUUAAAAGAUGUGAAAGACAAUAUUACAGUAGAACCAGUUAUGUCAGUGUUCAUGAUAGCCAGUAUGAUUGCGGUGACGGGAGUCCAAAACUUGAAUCUGGAUAAGGCGUGUAGAGUGAACUUAAAUUACAACGAUACAGUAUGCACAGCUCUUACUCUCAGACAGCGGGAGAACUACAGUAACGCAGAAGUGGAUGUCCAGAAGUUAGUAGCGUCAGUGGAAGCAUGGAGAACGAUCAUCGCCACCGUAUUUCCUCUCAUCAUGAUGGUGUUCCUCGGAGCGUGGAGCGACAAAAUGGGUAAACGCAAAGUGUGCAUGUUGAUGCCCAUCGCAGGAGAAUUUAUCAGUUGCUCCAUGAAUAUCAUGAGCUUCUACUUCUUCGACAGCGUCACAGUAGAAUUGACUUCUGUAUUGUCGACUCUCGCUAUAGCCCUCGGUGGGGCAUGGUACGUCAUGUACUUAGGAUCAUACAGCUAUCUAGCUGACGUUACUUCGGAGCAAUCGAGGACGUUUAGAAUGGGGUUGCUGACUCUGGGCCUGUCGAUAUCGUUCCCCAUUGGCAUGGGCAUCAGUGGGAUAAUACUGCGAUACACGGGGUAUUAUGGGGUGUUUGGAAUACCUGCAACCAUGCAGCUGUUGAAUUUCCUCUACAUCUGUUUUUUUAUUAAAGACAAGAGUACACUACGUGAAAAGAAGUCCAAGAAUAACCGUCCGAGGUGGGUGCAAUUUUUGAUACAAUUUUUCAACUUACAAAGCUUAAAAGACAUGCUUGGAUUGCUUCUGAAAAGGCGACCGAAUAAUCAAAGAAUGAAGUUGAUUUUAAUCAUGAUAGCAGUUUGUUUGAUUAAUGGACCAUUCUGGGGUGAAUUAUCCAUAUUUUAUAUAGCGUGUCGAUAUCGUUUUAAUUUUGACGAAAUCAAGUACAGUAUAUUUACCUCAUACAAUCUCACUUUGCAUGCUGUUGGGACUCUGUUCACGAUCAGUUUGUUUACAAAAAAAUUGAAAAUGGAUGACUCGACAUUGGGAAUGAUUGCUACGCUGAGUAGAAUACUAGGUGCUUUUGUUUGGGUCUUUGCUAGAAACGAACUUGAAGUCUAUUUAGCUCCUGUGGCGGAAUUUUUUGAUGGCACCAUGAUCAUUGCCCUUCGAGCAAUGGCGUCAAAAUUCGUAACAAGCUCAGAAUUAGGUAAAGUAUUCUCUCUAUUCGGCGUGCUCGAAGUCACUAUGAUGCUGGUGCUGGCCCCGAUAUACUCGAGGGUCUACAUCGCCACAAUACAUAUCCUACCCGGCGCCGCCUACUUCAUCACUAUUAUGUGUUCCAUACCCGCUGUAUGCAUUUUCAUAUGGUUCCAUCGCGAGUAUAAGAGAGAGUUGAAGACUGCUGCAAGGGCUGCUGUAAAAGAAGACUGUGCUGAGGAAAUUAUAAAAUAGACCGAACA